CUGCAUCCUUAGCUCAGAGCAUCCCUGGAGCAUCUGAAGAGGCAGCCGCAGCUGGCAACCGGGGACCAGACCGUCACAGGGGGCACCCGCCAGAUACCUCCCCGCUCCCCUGACCUAGCGCGGUACAGCGGCGGCCUCGGUUCUGAUCCAGGGUUCUCAGAGUUGUCUGACCAUUGCAACAGCCUUUACAGCAAGGGCCUCUGAUUACGACAUGGCCGAAAUCACCAAUAUCCGACCUAGCUUUGAUAUGUCGCCGGUGGUGGCAGGCCUUCUCGGGGCCUCUGUACUGGUGGUGUGUGUCUCGGUGACCGUGUUUGUCUGGACAUGCUGCCACCAGCAGGCAGGGAGGAAGCACAAGAACCCACCGUACAAGUUUAUCCAUAUGCUCAAAGGCAUCAGCAUAUACCCAGAGACCCUCAGCAACAAAAAGAAAAUUAUCAAAGUGCGAAGAGACAGAGAUGGCCCCGGGAGGGAAGGUGGACACGGGAACCUGUUGGUGGGUGCGGCAGAGGCCGGCCUGCUGGGCCGAGACAAGGGUCCCAGGCCACCCAGCUCUGGAUCUUGUCUCGGCCAAUUACCCAUCAAGGUGGACUAUGGGGAAGAGCUGAGGAGCCCCAUGGCAAGCCUAACCCCCGGGGAGAGCAAAACGAGUUCUCCAUCGUCUCCCGAGGAGGACGUCAUGCUGGGGUCCCUCACCUUCUCCGUGGACUAUAACUUCCCCAAAAAAGCCCUGGUGGUGACGAUCCAGGAGGCCCACGGGCUGCCCGUGAUGGACGACCAGACCCAGGGCUCUGACCCCUACAUCAAAAUGACCAUCCUUCCCGACAAGCGGCACCGGGUGAAGACCAGAGUGCUGCGGAAGACCCUGGACCCUGUGUUUGACGAGACCUUCACCUUCUACGGCAUCCCCUACAGCCAGCUCCAGGACCUGGUGCUGCACUUCCUCGUUCUCAGUUUUGACCGCUUCUCUCGGGACGACGUCAUUGGGGAGGUCAUGGUGCCGCUGGCUGGGGUGGACCCCAGCACAGGCAAGGUACAGCUGACCAGGGACAUCAUCAAAAGGAACAUCCAGAAGUGCAUUAGCAGAGGGGAGCUCCAGGUGUCCCUGUCGUACCAGCCUGUGGCACAGAGGAUGACGGUGGUGGUCCUCAAAGCCAGACACCUGCCGAAGAUGGAUAUCACCGGGCUCUCAGAUCCUUACGUCAAGGUGAACGUCUUCUACGGCAGAAAGCGCAUUGCCAAGAAGAAAACCCACGUGAAGAAGUGCACUUUGAACCCAGUCUUCAAUGAGUCUUUCAUCUAUGACAUCCCCACCGACCUCCUGCCCGACAUCAGCAUUGAGUUCCUCGUCAUCGACUUUGACCGCACCACCAAGAACGAGGUGGUAGGGAGGCUGAUCCUGGGGGCGCACAGUGUCACAGCCGGUGGCGCCGAGCACUGGCGAGAGGUCUGCGAGAGCCCCCGCAAGCCUGUGGCCAAGUGGCACAGCCUGAGCGAGUACUAACCCUGUGCCCCUCGCCUCCAACCCCAGGGCCAGGCUGGGCAGGGACAUGGUGGGGAAAGAGGUGGCAGAGAGAAGCGGACUCAAAACCUCACUUUAGUUGUAGAAGAAAAUUUCUUACAAAAUAAACCCGACAAAGAACACCCCACAUGACCACAGCUGCAGAUCAGUUCGUAGAGAUGAUGAUUUCUCUCCUUGGCAAGGCACUAGCAAUUCUUUUUUUUUUUUUUAAUGGGGAAAAAGAGAGAGGGAAAGACCUCUACAAGUUUAUAUAUAACGAUGUAACCUAUCCUUGCAUGUCUAAUACAAACUGAAGAAAUUAGCCUAGCUGCCAAUAUCAAGUGACAGAUUUUAACCCAUGAAAACUGUGUUUUGUGCCGAACUGUAUUUGCUGAUUACCUGAAAUUGGCCUCUUUUUAUUGGGCUUCUCUGAGCAGUUACUCUCCCCACCUCCGCAAAGAAUAUUUUGCUCUUGUAAAACCUCAUAUUUUCAUUGUCCCCAUCUUUUCUUCCUAUUACCUCUGACAUCUCUGCUCUUUUAUUGAGCUCCAGGUCAGAGGUCCGUAGUAAGCCAAGAAACAAAGGUGGACUGGAUUAGGCCGGGUUUUCAGGAGAAAGACUGUUUGAGAGAUGGGGCGUUUUUGCUGUCAGCUCUCCUGCUAUGAAGGGGUAGACGGCAGCCUCUGAUUAAAUUGUGAUGAAGCACAAGGACACAUGAGACUCAUGAGGCAGCACUGGGUUGACAAAACAAGAUGAUGUCUCUAAUGAGAGCUUUGGAAACCCCAGCUUCAGCUAUAGGAUAGUACCAGUGAACACAUCCUGCUGAUCCCAAACGCUAUUUGCAGGUAUGAGGACAAGGAGAGGAGAAAUGAGAUGGCUGUGACCUCCCUUUCCCAGCUGGAUAUGGAAGCGACAGCUAUUUCUGGUUGACGGGUUAGAAAUCAUCAGAUGUUGGAAGGAUUAAAUCGGCCUUUGUUUUUCCAGAAAUGCUGACCCUUGAGAAGAAGCUUUAGAGUCUUCUCAAGUAGCUUAGGUGUGGCUAGUGGUUAGUUUUGCUUUGUAAGGCAAAGGGCCUCAAAAAUUAUUCUCCUUAAAUUUUUUAGCAAUGACUCUUAAAAAUAGCAGUGAGACUGAGUCAUAAAGGUAACUUGGAUUCUUUCAGGACAUCUUUUCCCUCAAAACAAAGUGCUUGGUUCUUGGAACGGAUGAGGGGAACCACCGAGUUCAGCCCUCCUUCUGCCAGUGGGCACAGAGGUUGAGAGCAUUCAGCAUCCUGCUGGGAUUAGAAUUCAAGUCUCUUUUUACCCCUAGUCCAGCCACGUCUCUAAUGUUGAGACUUCUCAUGGUGGCAGAGACUUCACUGACAAUAAGUAUGCUUGGAUAGGCAGUUGAUAUUUUUGCUAGCCUGAAGAGGAACUCUUCGGGGAGGAACUCAAGCAGCAGCUUGAAGGAUGGCCUGAGGGAUUAGCUAAAAUUGAAGGCCCACUUCCAUGCGAGAACAUCACUUUCUAACUUACUUCUGAGAAGGGAGUUAAAAAGCUGAGUCGCUAUGGAGAGUGGUGAUGUUGCCUUUGAUGUUCCCUUAGCUCUUGUGGAUUUAAAACCUAUCUGCUCCUCCCCAAUCCUUUGGUUGUUGUCUUUUUUUU